AUGGCUUUGGCACCGCCUUGUCCGACAUCCCUUGGUAGAUCCAAACCUAUUUCGGUAUUUCAAGUUGUGUCCAGGAGGCCGGCGCUAUUUCAAGCUUUCAAUAAACUGGAUGGCGUGGCCAUGACAGCCAUUGCAACGAUGGUUGGCCACAGGUUUGCCAGCCGUUUCACGGGAAGAUUGCGGAACCUUCUUCAUGCCAUUCCACCUCAGAAUUUGUUCGUCCCUAACAAUGCUGAGGCUGCUGAGGUUGAGUUGGAAGUUCUUGGGGGUGCUGCGACACAUGCCGGAAAACCUUGCAACGUAAGUCUUGUCUGCAUCCAUGGCAGUUAUCAUGCAGCAUGGUGCUACGACCGCUAUUUCUUGGAUUUCUUUCGCGAGAAAGGGUUCAACGCUUAUGCCUUGUCCUUAAGAGGGCAAGGUAAUGGCAAAAUUAAUGAAAAAAAGCCAGUAGCUGGUACUUUGGAAGAACAUGCUGCUGAUGUUGCCUCGUUUGUCGCCCAUUUGGAAGGACAAGGACAAAAAGUCAUUUUACUUGGCCAUAGCUUUGGUGGUCUCAUUACAUUGCAGGCAGCUGCAGAUUUGAAAAACCUUGCUGGUUUGAUCCUCCUUUGCAGCGUACCCCCGAGUGGAAAUGUUGGCAUCAUUCUGCGGAGUCUUUUCCGAGCUCCUCUCCAAGCAUUUCGAAUCACCUGGGGCUUUAUAAGUCGCUCUUUUGAAAGCGAUGCUGAUCUUUGUCGGGAGAUUUUCUUCGACAAAGCGACGCCCCUUGCAGAUGUUGAAGAAUGCAUGCAGCUUAUGAAGACAGGCUGUCCGCAGGGCACGCGGUUGCUGGAUUUGCGGCAGCUUCAAAGGUCAUUGCCAGUGCCAACUUGCACAAAGCCAGUCCUCGUGCUGGGAGGACGGGAGGAUGCAAUCGUGGAUUUGGAGGUGGGCAGUGAAUUUUAA